UUAGCAAGAUAAGCAGUAUGCACUGGGAGAAAUCGUCACCAUCAGCUCUGGUCAGGUCCAGGCCGUACCAAGGUGUUCGAGUCAGAGACCCGGUCAAAGAGCUGCUGAGGAGGAAGCGGAGUCAGGAGCCGCACAGCACCAAGACAACGCCCCUCACUGCGAAUGUACAUUCUCACAACAACCAGUCAUCGUACACACAAGCCAUCUUUGGCUCUGAUGUUGCCGGCGGCACCGCAGCUGAGCCGUCAGCCACGGGAGGAGAUGCGGGGCUGCAGUGCACAGGAUGGAGAGCUCCGCCCCCUGCCCCCGGCGCCGGCCUGCAGCCGUGGUCUUCACCCGAGUACAACCAGCAGGACCCCUCGGCUCAGCCUCUGGCCUACCCAGCCACCACGCUGACUGCAGACCUGUACAUGCAGACUCUGUGCCCCAGCUACACCAUGCUGACCUACACACACGCACCGCUGCUCACUAACUUUGGGACCAUACCAGUGGCCCCAGCACCGGCCGCCCUCCCUCAGAUGGAGCUCCCAGACUCGGGGCUGACGUACCUCCCCUGGGCCCAGCCCCUCACCACCAUAUCCACCAUGCCCAACCCGGGGGUCCAGUUUGCUCCCGGCUCUACGGCCCUGUCCGGCUCGCCCCUGGUGCACAUGCCCUUGUCCAUGUCUUUGGCCACCAUGAUCCCUCAGCUGGAGGCCCAGGGCGCAGACCCUCAGCCCCAGAUCCUCGACCUCCCGCAGCGCUCGGAGCACCAGCUGGACCCCGAAGCACCGGGCCAGUCACUGGACGAAGAUCCGGAGAUAGAGCCGGAAUCACCGAACCUGCUGGAUAAACUUCUGGAGGAUCACAAGGAAGACGGUGAAGAGGAGGACAAAGACUCGUACAGCGGCUCGCUCUUCAUCCCCAACGUCUGAAAACAUUCAGACUGUACAGCAGUUUUUUCCCCGGGUUUCCUUUCUAAUAUUAAUAGUGACUGCCAUCUGUUUCAGUGCCGGAGCCCUGUUAUUGAGCACGCUGGAUAAUUUCACGUUAUUAUGACUUGGGUCUUCAUGUUGUAGCUGUGGACAAAGUAACUUCAGGCGUCAGGCUGUGUUGUCAAAUAGGCAAAUCAGGUAAAGCCCCCGGUUGUCUGUGUGUAAUAUGAUUCAUUGCAAAUUUGUUUGGUAACAUGCAUCAAUAUCACACUAUAAAAACUAAUCCUUGAGGUCCUUGUCUUGUGUGGAGAACCUGUGUCACAACCUGUCUUUAUUUUUAUGCCGCAGAGCUGCAGCCAUAUUGUUUUUGUGUUGUCCGUCCGUACGUCCGUCCCAUUCUUGUGGACACGAUAUCUCAGUAACGCCUUGACGGAGCUUCUUCAAAUUUGGCGCAGACAUUCACAGGGACUCCAGGAUGAAGUGAUUAGAUUUUGGUGGUCAAAGGUCAAAGGUCAAAGGUCAAGGUCACGGUGAACUCACAAACUGCGCCUUGUGAACGCGAUAUCUCGAGAACACAAAGUGUUCUGCCGGAGACCUACAGACUCGAGUUUAAGUUGAUAUUAUACAUGAUGCAUAUUCUUAAACAAAAUUGUUUUUAAUCAGAAUGAUCACAGACUAAAUGACCUGCUGUAGGUUAUUGUGGGGCAGUAAUAGUAGUUAGCCUCUUGUCCUCUGGGAAAAAUGGGUUGGGGGAAACAAGUAUGUUGGGCGGAGGUCAGUUGGGGGCCCACAGUUCAGCUCAGCCCUCUGGGCCCCUCGCAGGUUCGUCCGGCCCUGGCUGAGAUCUGGGAACACGUGCAGCAACAUGGUGACAGACAAUCAGACAGACUGUAAACAAGCUGAGCGUUAACCAGAUUAUCUAAACCUAGUUUAAGUGGAGUUCAGAUUGAAAGCGAACACAGUUAAAAUGUUGGUAAUGAAGCUGCAUUUCACAGGAAACAAGAGGAAGGUCAAAGUUGAACCAAACAGUCUUUUAAUUAUGUUGGACGUUUAAAAGAGAAAGUUUGGGUAAUAAUUUAUAGAUCGCUUCCAUUUUCUGGUUGACUAACUCGUAUUUUUGAAACCUGGUACAAACAUCUAUAAUAAUUAAACUGUUGCUAAAACCUGUCUGAUGAUGUUCCCAGAUCUCUAUGAUUCAUUUCAUGAUACGAGAACUAAACUGUAUUAAACCAUGUUAACAGUUAAACUUCUUUCUUUUACAUUUUUCCUCCAAUUUCAGCCAAAAUGCCUUCGACUGUUAUUGUUCCUGCUAUUUCUCAUAUACAUAAUUGUUUUAUUGAGUAUGUAAUAAGAUGUAAUGCUUUGCUUCACCUAAUUUAUAUUCUUGUUAGCAGCGCCUUCAUUUUCUUUCCUUUAAAAAGAGACAUGUCAGAUGUUUUCUGGGACACAGUUAUCGUACAGCUGUCCUGAGGUGUGGCCUUGGUUAUAAAAGCCCGUCAUUAAUGCUGUCAGAGGGGGAAGUUGACGGAGGAACAAAGAUGAAGUCGGGUCCUGACUGUCGGUAUCCGAAGGAGAAGAAGAAGGAGGUUUUCAUAGCUGAUGAAAAAUGGAUUUAGAAAAUGCUAUUUGAAUCCUGCAAGAAAAAGAAUGUCAUGGGCACAAAGUGAAAACU